AGGAAAACACCUACAAAUACAAACCCAAAACAAUUAAGAAAAUGAUUUCAUCAUGAAAAGAAGGAAGUCCAAACUGAAAUGAGUUAAAACUUUGUCUCCAAGAGGAUUGUGGCUUGGCCCAGAGUUGAGUUCCGUUUCUUGGAUCUCCUGAGGUUUAUACGUAAGCACAAUGAAGAAGAGUAACAGGAAGUCUACCACAAGGAUCGAUGAGCAUGAGGACAUCUGUGUCCCAGACGCCGAGGACCCAGGAGAGCUUCAGAAUAUGUUGGACAGAGGAGAGUACGCCCCCUUUGUACCUCCUCCCAUAUUAGAGAGCAAUUUUAUCCAGGUCAACAGGAGAGGUGAAUCCAUUUACCUUCACAACCGAGCCAACUGGGUGACUGUAGGCAUCUGUUCUUCCAGUCCCACCCUCAAGACCCCCAACGUGAUGCUGCUGGCACAUCUGACACCCGCCACCCAGAAAGAUUCAGAACCCCUGUUUAAAAGUCUCUUGACAUCUCCUUCUCCAGAGAAUCUGGUGCUCACCAGGUUUCUUCCUCUGCAGUUUGUGACUCUCUCUGUGCAUGACGCUGAGAAUAUGCGCAUCAAAGUAAAGCUGGAAAAAAUGGAAAACAUUCUGAAGUCUGGGUGUCUACGAGAUACAAAAAGUAAGAAUGAGUUUAGAGAAUCCUCAAAACAUGUCACCAUCUCAAACCUAACGCUGACUUUCAAAGGUGAAAGAUGCUUUCAAUCUACCUUGACUGCAGAAGAAGAUGAGACAAAUAAAUCCAAAGAGGUUAGCAAUAGACCCUCUGAAAUAAGGACAACUGACUCUAAAAGCACGGCUCUCAAGGCCGAAGAAUCCAGGAGCAGGAGAACUGAUUCAGACACUUCAGUGAGCCCAAACAAUAGGCUAAUCUAUGAUCCAGUGGUAUUUUUCCAAGUUGGAAAGAAAUGAAACAAAGGACAGAGAUUCAAGAGAAGAAAAGAGAGGAAAAUCAUUUAAGAAAUACUGGGAGUGUCCUCCCCUCCCC